AUGGAAAUUGGAAAUACCCUGGAGUCUGCAGCAAAGAUCGUUAGUGAAAUGGGGCAAGAAUUCACCAACACAUUUGAGGUCUUGGGCAACAUAAAGGAAGGCUUUCAAGACGUUCUAAAGCACAACUUGGAAGAUGGUUUGAUACAAAACCUGUGCUACUCUGUGCUGUGUGGUGGUUUCAUGCUGCUGAAAUGUUGCCACGCAAAUCUUAAAAAAACGAUCCAGGAAAUGGAGAAAGAGGAACUACCUAAAAGAUUACAUCCCUAUGUCAGGGAGAUAAGAAAUUAUUUCGAGUCCAUGGAAAAAAAGCUCCAGGGGUUAGAUGAUAUAGCGACAGAGAUAUGGACAACGGCAAGUACUUUUCUUAAAGACUUUUGCGUUAAAUAUUUAUCACGUACUUAAUGAGCUCCUACAAGUCAUUUUUGCCGCGCUGUCAUCAUGCCACGUCAGCCUUCGAAAGGCGCUUGAAAGGGUAGGUAACAGGUAGUUGCCGUCCCUUUGUUUCCAGUUUUAGGUGACACCUAUUCUUUUUAUCAGAACUUAAAUUGUUUUGUCAGUGCUUUUUGCUUAAACCCUUCAAACCGAGAUUAUUCCGGUGAGCUGGAUAUUUUUGUCAAAAGAGGGCGAAUUCUCAUGGUGUUAAACGAAUCUAAAGUACUGUAUUCAAGUUCAGAAAAAGCUAUGGGAAAAUUCAUCUUCGUGAGUGUGUGAGGUGUGUGUACCGUAAAUGACCUAAUAAACGCCCACUUCAAACAAACGCCUCUUAUCUAAUAAACGCCCCCCUCUACGCUGUUGAAAUUGUAUUGGACGCCCCUCUCUAAUAAUAUAAAUGGCCCCUGUCUUAAAGAGGCCCCUUAUCUGGAUUACUCCAAAUGAGCAAAAUCAUUCCAUUCAUUCGGUUUAUUGUUUGAUUAAAAAGGCUUUCGUGUUUUAUCUUGUUUAACGUCAAGUUAAGAGUAAGGAUAGACUAACGAUGGCAACAAUUGAAAGUAACCCUGACAGAAGAUUCUGACAUCGAUGUUGGGGUUUGAUAGAGAGAUAUGGAUCUUUAGACGGCCUAGAUGUAUCAAUUGAUGGACUGGAUAUUUUUCUUUUUUAAACUCUCAUAAUAUUUUUGCCGAAUGCUUAUUGGUUUGGUUGAGCUUGUGGGAGGCAGCUUGGCCGAGUGGUUAGAGCGCUGGACUUGCAAUUCGGAGGCCCCAAGUUCAAGUCCCGCUCUGACCGCUAGCUGGAUUUGUUCACGUUAGUCCCGAGUUCAAAUCCCUCGGCCAUGCUUAAAUAGCCAGCUGGUUUGACUCCGGCCAGUUGGGAUUCUUAACCCUGUUAUGUUUGAUUAUUUAACAAUUAAUGGAUGAGGCUGAGAAUCUUAUGAAGAAUUAUGGAGAUCGGGGAGGGUGUUAUCCCUCGAGGUCGUAGACCGAGGCGGAUAGCACCCUUCGAGAUCGCCAUAAUUCUUCACAUGAUACGAAAACCGAAUUCAAUAAUUGUUUUAUUAUUCAUUCAAAAUAAUUCCUAGUUUAAAAACAUGGCUAAACAUGCUUAGCUCCAUCGAUCCAUCGAUGUUCAGUUCGUCUUCGAUAGUGCACGUUUAGGGUUGUUCAGCUCCGCAAAUAUUCUCCAAAUAGCAGAUGUCGCCCUUCGAGUUGUCUUCUUGCUGUUCUUGCCAUGUUUUUAGCUAUUUUUUCGCCUAGUUCUUACUCUCAAAACGAGUGAAAUGUCCGCCAUUUUUCAAGUUCACAACCAAAACAACUCAACCUCGUCCCCAGGUCUUCUCGGUUAACGGUGCAUUAACUUGAAGAAGGCUGCAUUUUUUACGUCAUUUCCUCGUUAAACACAAAAUUCUUUCAAAUUUGGUCAUCAGUAACUGGUUAUAGUGAAUUAUGCGUGUUCUUUUAGCCAAUCAGAAUUGGGGAAAUAUUUUGAAUGAAUGAUAAAUUUGGAUUAUAUUUUUCAGUCACUUGCUCGGCCCCACUAGCAUAAGUGCUAUAAAUACUGCCGAGGGUAAAUAAAGGAAUUAUUUAUUCAUUCAUUUACAGCUAUGAUUCAGAUUAAACGCCCCCUCUUGGACCCCUAAAUUAAAUAGACGCCUCGGGUGUUUAUUAGGUCAUUUACGGUAUUUGUGUUUACUUCAUACAUCGUAAUAAGAUGCGUCCUGUAGCGAAUUCUCCGUACCAAGGAUGGCUGACAACUGUGCACUUCCAAAAAUGUCAGGCAGACUCAUCCUCCCAAAGAUGUAAAACCGUCAGCUCGAUCAUAAGUUUAUUCCCUGUUGAUUUUCUUAAUACAGUCAGCCACAUAAUAAAUGUUAGAUCAAAUUAAUGUAAUGAUAGCAAUAAGGACAUAAAGCACUUUUGACAGGAAAUAUUUCACACACAUGAUAAUUAAUAAUAUUAUUGAAAGAGGCUAGUUUUGAUAUGAAGAAUUUUGUAGAUCGAGGAGGGGAUUAUCCAUCGACGUCGAAGGACGACUGUCUUUAAAACAUUCUGUUAGUUUUGCGCUUAUUCCAUUAUGACCAAAGCAGCUGAGCUGCCACGCCGCUGUGUUAGUUGCACUUCUCGCCAAUCAUUGAUGUCGCAUGGACUGACGUCAAUGAUUGAAUACUACCUGCAACUCCCAAAUUUGAUCAGCACUAACUGGUAAUAAAGAAGCCGAUUAGAAAGAACGAAACAUUUUGAAUGAAUAAUAAGAUUAGAGAAAUUAUGCAAAACUACGAUUGUGGUAUCCGCCACAGAAUUGCCUAAAUUCAAAAAAGAAUACAAAUUAUUCCAAAUAUUCCAGGUUUAUAAGGAUUUAAAUGUUAAUUAAUAAAACGAUCGAUUCUUUUGUACAUGAAGGUGCACCGAUCAUGCAUGUUACCCAGGCAGUCAUCAUUCCAUUUAACCCUCGUAUGUUUAUGAAAUUCAGUCUCGCUGAAUUUACUCUCUUUCUUUACAAAUCCUUACGCAGAUCAGGGAAUCUAAACCCCGAAAAUACAAACUAACCGCAGAGGAAAAGUUUGAGCUGAAAAUGCUAAUGAGGAAUUUCAAAAGAGAUUUGAAAACAACUGAGGACAAGUACAAAGACGCAGAUAGAGCCCUGAAGUCUCUUCAGUCGGAGCUUGAAACCUACUUAACAAAGGAAGGCGUUUUAGCCGCAGGUGCGUCAGCACUGAUAGGGGCAGGCGUUGGCGCAGCUUGCGGAGUAGGUGAGUAAAUCGUAGGACAGCUUGACAGUAGAUCAUUCAGUUUUCGUUGAAUACAUACUCAGUCCUUCAAGAGAGAAAUUUUCAAAAGCUAAGCAAAGUACUUCGAAGCUAAGGUUGUUACUUUCAUUGUCAAAUUUUAAGGUAUUACAAACAUCCGGUUAGUUUUCUAAGCUUUUUGAAAGUUUACGAAGAUAAACUUCUGAGUGUUUGAAGAAGCUGGUGUCAUCGAUUGCCGGAGCCAAUUUACUGAUUUUACUCGGACAUGAAAUGCUUUCGACAAAAAAAACUUCAGGCUUUGAGAAAAACAAAAAGAAAAUUAGGUCAACGAAUCAAUUUAUACAUCCUUGCCCAUUUUUACACUUAUAAGUACAUCCCACCAAUAAUGUAGAAAAAGUUAACACUUUGGACGUUUGACCGCGGUGGAACUCAGUCUUGUGACACUGUGAAGCUUCAAAGAGUUUUCUUUCAAUCAUAAUAAAUACAAAAAACACGUUUAAUAUAUACAAAUCACACAGUAGAGUAUAAGAAUGUAAGGUGUAAUUAAGAAUAGAUAUGUCAAAUCACUCAUACGGAAUGGAUAUUACGGAACGCACGUUUGUCUUUUAUUGUAAUACAUUACCACGGCAUUGCCAAAUAAAUUCAAAUUGAUUUAGUAAUUGCAUGAUGUUUAUUGUUGAUCUGGACGCUUUUAAGCUUUCGAGUUUUACUUAACAUUUAUAAUUGAUUAACUUAUAAAAUAAUUUAUCUGAGUGUGUGUUUUGCCUUUCAGCUAAGGAGAUUCUCAUGGGAAGUCAACAAUUGGUAGACGUUGCUGCUAAAGGAGCCAUGCUAGGUGCAGCGGUAGGGGCCUUGACGGCAGUUUAUUCCAUCAACCGUAAGUAUGAAGCAUGUGUGUUCGAGAUCAAUAGCCUACAGGCUGACCUAAGAAUACUAAGAAGUAGGAUCAAAGAAAAUUAUCCACUGCUUGACGAUUUGAAGGAGACAAUGGGCGACUUGAAUGUUGUGUAGCGAGUCUGAUUUAGUCUCAGACUAAAUACUGUAGUUACAGGCUAUAAGACUGGUGUACUACCUAAUUUGGACUAAUAGCACGUGAUGUCUUUGUCAACAUAACUGUGUUAAAAGCAGUUACUUAGAAAGUUAAACACAACUAAUGCCCCAUUCACAACAACUAAAUAAACAUGUUUAAUAAAACUAGGUUAAUAAAAUAUGACAAACAGUAACGCAACACUAGAAUUCAAGUUUUUACACAGAAUUAAAUUGAUUUUUAACAUGCUACAACAUUGCGCUAAAUUUCCCAUCAAUAAAAGUACAGUAGCAGCUUUUAUAACAAAAAAAUUAAAACGAGCGUAACUAAACAGCUUUUAAACAUGUUUAAGCUCUGGUGUGAAUGGGGCUUAAGAUUGACUGCCAGUUUUUUUUUUCGCUGACGAUAAAAAUUCCAAAAAUGCGUCUCACGAGCCUUGUCUUUUCUGUUUUCUUGUGAUUAGUUUCUUACCUCGGCCUUUUUCAAGCCUGGGUGACCAUAGUUUCGUAACAGUAAAGUUUGUAUGCUUGCAUCCUUGAACAACCAGGGGGCCGGCUAAUCGCGGAGACGGCAGACAAAUUUCACGAAAAGAACGAUAGAUCCCCUUUGCCAAUAGAGAGAUUUGGCAUUGACUACGGGAACGUCGACUACGAGUUCGUUUCGUUCGCUCAUUUCUCGUUAUAUUCGCACUCAUACUGAAGAGUUAAAAAUGGAUAAUUAUAGGCAUAAAGCAUAUUAAGAAGCAGACGAUCGGUUGCCUCUGUACCCUCUUCCAUGCGUUCAUAUGGUGGGUUCACGCGACGCAAAGCAAACUCUCCACUAGCAAUUUCGCGACAUUCUCCAUCAUGUGAAUGCCUGGAACAGGCUAGUACCUCCAAGUCUCCAAGUAUAGUAUGUUUGUUAACUAUAAUCUAUAAAUGUUGAGCUAACAAUUGCGAUGAAUGACUCGAUGAUUUUUUCUUCGCCUUGAAUAUGUUGUUUCCCUCAUUGUUCGAGGAUACCUUAAUUCAGUAAAAGCUUAGUCUCUUUCAGACGUACUUGUAAUUUACCGUUAGCAUGCGUUUGAUAAUACGAUCAGCAACAUUUUAAGAGCUUAAACAGAUUCCUCAACUGUCAAGUAAAAACUUGCUGGUUGAAUGCUGAAAAAACCCUUAACGCCUUCCUUUUGUCAAAAGGCUCCACAGGCACGUUUUUCCCAAGAAAUCAAAUACUAGAGAGAAAAGACAAAUCAUAAUUACAGUUGAUAGUUACGGUAAAAUAAACCACCGUGAAAAUGGGCUCGUGUUGUUGUACAGAAAUGAGUCAAAGACGAGUGUGAGUCUUAAGGAAGGCAUGAGGUCUAGCAUUAUAAUCUUUAUCUGACUUCUGUGUCGUAAGGCGAGUAAGUUAAGGCUUCCUCACCUGUCGAUCCACCUAAAGUCGAGCCAGGUCAAACGUUAUCCAACAGAUUCUAUUUCACAAGUAGGCUGUAAGCUAAUUGAUACUGUUUCACUCUAAGAAAAAGGAAAUGAAUACUCUAGUAAUUAUUUUAGUAAAGCCAACUAACAGUAACUACCUUCGAGUCUUUACCAAGUUUUCAAUGCAUAUAUAGGAAUUUAAAGAUUUGAAUCUGAUGCAAGUAGCCUAUUUACUUUUGAAAGGAUCAGUCCAUUAAUAGAACCUAUCGGAGGAAUGCUAGAUCUAGCGAAAGCUUCAUUGUAAUGUCUGUAAUCUUGUGCUUUAACUGUCCUAUGGCAAACGAAUGAAUAUAAGCCUAGCGUUUAAUCAGUAGCUUACCGGGGGCAUCUUAAUCUAAUGUUUAGUCAUACAGUAGGAAGCAGUGCGUCUCUCUUGGUCAAAUUCCAGAAAAAUUGUUUGUAGUGGAAACGGGGAAAAUGUUAAGUACCAAUUUCGAGUCUCAAUCUGAAAAAGAAUUUGAUACUGAUUUAACCUAAACAGACUCGUAGCUGACGUCAUGAUCAUAAAAAAGGAUUUUUUACUUGGCUUUGUUUAAUAGAGAAGAGAAGUGUGACGUCAUGGCUCCAUGGUCGCUUAAAUCUUUGGAUCACAACAAUAGGGAGCUUAAGCAACGACGACAGCGACGGCAACAAGAACGGCAAAAAAGCAAAAAAUUUAUGUUAGCAAAUUAACAACUUUGCACGUGCAUCACACUUUUUUCUACAUUUCUUAGCCGUCGUAGCACGACUACGACGUGAAACUUCCCAGUUUUACGCGUCCGCUUUAUAAACUAGGUGAACACAACUUUAUUUUUUUUUCCUUUUUCUAAACUUAAAUACGGUCCUUUCGAAUUCAACCCCAGAAAAUUUAGCCAACAUUUCACAAAUUAAUUGAAAGUGAACGAGAUCGAUGGAGUCUGAAACAGUUUUUUAAAAGUAGCGUUUUUCGGUUUGUUGUCAUCCAGAAAUUUUGCUACCAUGGCAACGUGACAUAACUACGACUUCUUCUCUCUAUUUAGUGGUUGAACUGAAGGUACCCGAAAGUAAGAAGCACAGAUUUGUUUUCGUGGUGAAUGCUUAAACUUCAAAAAAAAAAUGCUUUUAAAGAUCAGUUCACAACUCUUAGGUGGACUGCUUCAGAGUCUUUUCUUUUUCAGUCCCACCGACCAAAACAAACGUUUGUCCCUACAUUUCAGUCUAACACAAUACUUUCUCGCUUUUUAUAGCCCUUAUCGUCGGGGCUUCAGUUGUCAGCCUCUGCCCGCUGUUCUUCUCAUUGAAAGGAUGGUUCGACAAGAGAGAACUCUACAGCAAAUUAUCCUUAAUCAUUCGUAAUUACUCAGAAAUGGCCAAUGAAUGCCAGAACAUAUUUUAA